CGAAGUGUUCUUAUGGUUUUCUAACAAAUGAAAAAACAAUGUCUUAUAGAUAAAUUUGGUGUAAAAAUGGUGAUGAGAAGUGUGGAUCUACGAUCUGAUACCGUUACUAAACCGACUGAUGCAAUGCGAGAAGCAAUGUGUAGCGCAGAGGUGGAUGAUGACGUCCUCGGAUACGACCCAACCGCUAGACGUCUUGAAGAGGAGAUGGCUAAGAUGAUGGGGAAAGAGGCUGCUCUGUUCGUGCCAUCCGGGACAAUGGGGAAUCUCAUCAGCGUGAUGGUUCACUGCGACGUGAGAGGCAGCGAGGUGAUUCUUGGCGACAAUUGUCACAUCCAUGUUUACGAGAAUGGAGGGAUAUCGACAAUCGGUGGAGUACAUCCCAAGACGAUCAAGAAUGAAGAAGACGGGACCAUGGACUUGGAGGCCAUUGAAGCAGCUAUUCGAGAUCCUAAAGGAAGCACAUUUUAUCCAUCAACAAGGUUGAUUUGCUUGGAGAACACACAUGCCAACUCUGGUGGGAGAUGUUUGAGCGUGGAAUACACUGAGAAAGUUGGAGAGAUAGCGAAGAGACAUGGCAUAAAGCUCCAUAUUGACGGAGCCCGUCUUUUCAAUGCUUCAAUUGCACUUGGAGUUCCAGUUCAUAAGCUUGUUAAGGCUGCUGACUCCGUUCAGGUGUGUCUCUCUAAAGGUCUUGGAGCUCCGGUAGGAUCUGUAAUCGUUGGUUCGCAAAGCUUUAUAGAGAAGGCGAAAACGGUUAGGAAAACAUUAGGUGGAGGAAUGAGACAAAUAGGUGUACUGUGCGCAGCCGCUUUGGUCGCACUUCACGAAAACCUCCCAAAGCUACAACAUGACCACAAGAAGGCUAAGUUGUUAGCUGAAGGGUUGAAUCAAAUGAAAGGGAUUAGAGUAAAUGUUGCAGCCGUGGAGACCAACAUGAUUUUCAUGGAUAUGGAGGAUGGUUCAAGACUUACGGCUGAGAAACUGCGGAAGAGUUUAGAGGAGAAUGGCAUUCUCCUCAUCCGGGGAAACUCAUCCCGGAUCAGAAUGGUUAUACACCACCAGAUAACAACAAGUGAUGUGCAUUAUACACUGUCUUGCUUUCAGCAAGCAAUGCAAACGAUACAGGAACCAAGCCGAAUCUAAUUUGCCGAAACGGAAAUGCAUCUUCUUUUCUUUUGAACUUAUUAAAUAUUGUUGUCUAAG